AACCCCACCGGGGGCCUCAUUGUCCGAGUGCUGUUCCGGUGCGUUAUAAGGGUUCGACCCUUUGUUUCGCUCGUUGUCUGGAGGCUGUUUGCCACACUCAUGAUGGCACCAAGAAAAGGCCUGCAUAGCAAAGGGUCGCCGCUGGCUCAGUUAUGAGUUCACCCAUGUGAAUCCAUUUGAUUUACCAAUUGAGGAAAAGAUAGAAAGCGUCAGAGUUGAUCCAGAAAAGGAGUAUGAUAACAUAAUGAAUAAGAUUGACCUUGACAACUGGGAGAACAAGAGAAUACCCCGUCCGUGGGAAGAACAGGCCAGCUCGAAUUAAAGUUGCGGAUCCGUUUUUGACUAGUUGUUUUGUAGAAGUUCUCGUUGAAAGCUACUAAAUGGAUCCUGAAAAGCCUUGUUGGCACCGUUCAGAUCCAACAUUUUCGCAGAAAGUUACCCUGCGAAAAGAGAGUGAGAAAGUUGUAAAAUCUUGCUGCCUUGUUGACCAAACUAGUGUUGGUGAUAUUCAAGCUGUAGUUCAGAAUGAAGAUAUUGCAUCUGUAACUCUCUGUCAUGAUUCUGAUGAGGAACUUUUAAAUUCUAUGAUUGAUAAUUCUUGUAUUAGUAAUGAUGGCAGUGCCCCUGAAACCAUUGACAACGUUGAUGACGACUACAGUAAUUCUAGCCGGCCCUAUGUUCCUUUCUCAAUAGAAGAAGUAUCAUUAGUGAAAACUUUGUCAGUAUGGUCUAAUCGUAAUGUUCGUGUUAUUGGCACAGCAUCUCCUAUUGAAAAUGUAGAUUAUAAUAUGUGGAAACUGGUCAGCAUUGGGGAAGAGGGAGGUCCUUUCUCCAUUUCUGUUGAUUUGAGGCUGGUCAAUUUUCCCUCUGCCAAUUGCCCCAUACAAAUUUUUGGUGAGUUACAAAUGUUGAAAAACAAUACCACUCCUGUAAUUCUUGCUAAAUUCUUUAGAGACUUCUCCUCUGUUGACAUUUUUUACCAUAACAAAUCUGUUGAGGAGUUAAAGAAAUACAUUCCUCAUUUCAUUGAUAGAAGGAACUCUCAAACUCGUAUGUUAGAUGACAGUGAUUGACUUUACUUGCAAUUUUUGAGUUCUUAUUCUAUUCUACUUACUCUCAGACAAAAGAAAUGAGCUUCCGACUCUGUGUCUAUUGGGGCAUCUGGUAUUAGAGGGUCAAUUCUUUAGCAAUUGAAGUGCAGGAGUUUACAAAGCCUUGAGUAAAUUUCAUGUCAAUGUUAAUGAAUGUAUUAUUGAAGGUAAGAAGUUUCAGAACUGUAAAUAGUCAAUAAAACAAUUUUAAGACAA